GAGUGAGUGCCAUGAACACAAGCGUUCGGGUUUCCGGCAUCUUCUGUCGGUAAAAGGGGUACCGAGAACGGAGAAGAAAGAGGAAGCUGAGAUGGACAAUCCCUUGAGGUCCUUUCUCCUCCUCUUCCUCAUCUUGCUGUCGUCACCAGUCUUUUUCCUCAUCUCCUGUGAAUCCGUACCCGUCGAUCCGCGCCCGCGGGCGUUCCCUUCCUUCAAGAUCCAAGAGAUCAAGGAGGAGAUCGGGUGGGGAUGUUCCUACACUGUGAAGAUAAAGACCAGCUGCUCUUCCAGGCGCUUCACCACUGAUCGGAUCAGCCUCGCUUUCGGUGAUGCUUACCACAACGAGGUAUAUGCACCAAGGCUGGAUGAUCCAUCAUCGGGUGCAUUCGAACGUUGCUCCACCGAUACUUUCAAGAUCCAAGGGCCAUGUGGGUAUGGAAUAUGCUAUCUAUACUUGCGGAAGGGGAACAUAAAUCCAAAGCAUAGAGCGUAUGAUUCAAUUUUAAUUACCUGCUUCCAUGAGUCAUCAGUUUGA